UCAUAUUCAAUUCGAUUGUUCAGUUUGGCGUUCAUUGUGAUCACGUAAACAUCAAACAUUUAAAAAACAAACCAAAACCGUUGAGUUGGAAUAAAUUUGUAACGAAAUUUCUCGAACGAAAGUUUAGUGUAUAAAUUAGUAAACAUAUAGAGAAAAAAAAAUGUUGAAAAAAUUUUUAGUUGCUUUUGCCAUUUUGUGCAUGUUUGGUCUUCAAACGAUAGUGGCAUCGGUUCAACCUCGAGCACCCAAUUUUCAAUACUUUGAACGACCAAAAUAUCGUUAUCCAUACUAUGAUGAGAACGGCCGAGGUAAACUACUCUAUGGAUAUGGUGGACCAGAACUUUAUCAAUACAGGAGCUAUUCACCAUUAGAAGGCAUUCAUUAGCGCAAUUAAGAUGCAAAUUGCUUAUAUAAGAUUUUCUUAUGUUUGUUUAUUUUUUAAUUUAUCCAUUCGUUUCCAAUUUUUUUUUCAUCAUGACAAAUGUUUCACUUUUAUUUCUUUUUAAAAUGUGUGCUUAAUUUGUAUGUAUUUUAUUCAAAGAAAGAAAAAAAAAACUAGUUUUACAAAAUGGAAUGAAGUCUUUGAAUCAACCGUAAUGUUAAGUAAUCAGGGAACUGCUCGACAAAACGUUGUGCUUUUUUUGUUGGUUUUGAUAUUUUGUUGUUGUCGGUGUUAGUGUUUCAUUGAAUUGGUUUGAUUCGAA